AUGAUCUGCGGUAUCAUUGCUACACUUGACUACCAGCUAGCUAGUCCUGUUUCAAUGGGUCACAGUAACUCGAUGAGCCCCGCAAAGAGCGAUAGUCGUGCUCUCUCGAUUAUGUCGCCACAGCAUGCCACCAGCCGUGCUUUUGCAGCACUAGAGAAGCAUGUUCAUCACGACAAUCCCGUCGAACCAGUGCGCGUGAAGCUGCAGGAUCCCAUUGGAUACUCAUCGGAUGCGCUUUGGUCCUCAGUAGGCCUGAAGAAUCGCUCCUCACUGCUAUACUCUGCCUCUCCAGCGCUAAGUGAUCGAUCAGCAAACUUUGCACUACGUGCCCCACGGCCGCAGCCUCAGGUAGGAUCGUGCGCCGUGCGUAGUGCUCAGACCGCUUUUCCAAAUGAAUUAAAUGAAGGUGAGGCAGCCGUGAGCAAUCAAAAUGAAGUUGAAAACCAGCACAAUGUUACAUCUGAAAGGGCUUGGUCUAGAAAACUGUUGAGCAAGGAAGAUCAGCUAGUAGAUAAUCAAGUGGUGGAGCCGAGUGGACUGUCGCUCAAUUUGCAUCAAGAUCGGGAAAUUGAUUCACUGUCCCGAAGUGGUGAGAAUCACUCUGUUAAUAUCUGGACAAAUCCCCAUAAUGGUUUUGAGGAAAGUGACUUCACUUCAAACGAAAGUUCCAGCAAUUCGCCCGUGGGCCAGAAUUUCCCUUCCGCAAACAUACCUUGCGCUAUUCCUAGAAGAUUAUCUUUAGGUGACAGCAAGGUUGCUACGUGUAGGGCUCCUCCUGGAAUGUCCUUGAUUGACCGCAUACAAGAGGAUUUUCCCCGCACGCCCUCCCCCGAAUACGGUCAAUACAGACUUGACGAUUUCUCUACCUGCAAACCUUCAUUUGGUGGACGAAACUAUCACACGCAGUCGGUGCUUGGCGUUGAUGAGGAGAUCGAGCAGCUUAAAAUUGGCAACUACCAUUCAGCAUCGUCAUUUGGCAAACAGAGUUUUGAUAAUAUGCCUCAGACGGCGCAGCACACGACUGGCCCUAGACUUAAUGGAAUGACUUGCCAUCUUCAUGCGUUUGGCAGAAGUUCUAGUGAGCCUGUUUUUGGUGGGUCUUUUCAAGAUAUGGUUGCCCAAGGGUAUUCGGCUCCUUAUGCAUCUGACGCUUACGGUGUUCAAGGCUACCCAAUGGCUAAUAAAUUGCGGUGGGCUGCCAGCGAAGAUGCAUAUUUAUUCCCAGCCUCUCCUUUUGGCUUUGCACCGUCGGACUUUGCAAGUAUGCACCCUUCAGCCAUACCCACUCAUCCCGCUGGGUAUGCUGGAGAGUACCAUAAUACAAAGCCUGUCAACAAGAUGUUUAUGGCUCGCUCAUCGUAUCUCACGACCGAUCAUACACUUUUCGAGCGCCACAACUUCGGAGGAUGCAUACCUCGUCCACAGAUGCUACAACGACCAAAGGUCGGAGCAUACAAACGAGAUGAAUUCGAAUAUUUCCAUCCGAUUGCCCAUUCGUAUUCGUCGAAUAAUCUUCUGGAGGAGUUUAACUCGGCACCUAAAUCGGAGAAAUGGGGACUGUCUGCCAUCAAAGGGCAUCUCUUUAUCUUCGCAAAGGAUCAGACAGGCUCACGAUUUAUUCAACAAAAAUUGGAAAAGGCUGACGAUCGUUUAAAGGCUGAUGCGUUUAAUGAGAUCUUUCCCAACUCGCUCUUUCUGAUGACGGAUGUAUUUGGUAAUUAUGUAAUUCAAAAGUUUUUAGAGUAUGGCUCACUCGAGCAGCAACAAUUGUUGGUGGAACUGAUGACAAGCAACAUGAUCAGUUUGGCUCUACAAGUAUAUGGUUGUCGCGUUAUUCAGCGUGCAUUGGAGGUGACACACGUUGAUGAGCAGCUAGCAUUGAUUCGACAGCUGAAGGGGCAUGUCAUGAAAUGUGCAGUUGAUCAGAAUGGUAAUCACGUUCUUCAGAAGUGUAUCGAAGCGGCGUCUUGGAAGAGAGCAUCUGAUUGUAACAGAAUGAUGCCGCAGCGUUUAGUAACAGGGGAUGACAUCCAGUUUAUCAUUGACAGCUUCGUCGGCCAAGCAGCAGGCCUCUCGACACAUUCGUAUGGCUGCCGCGUGAUUCAACGCGUACUUGAACAUUGUGCACCGGUUCAAAUUCGCCCGCUCCUUGAUGAAAUUAUAUACAAAUGCCGCGACCUUGUGAAAGAUCAGUUUGGAAAUUAUGUUGUGCAGCACGUCAUCAGCCAUGGUGAGCAGAACCAGCGUGACACUGUCAUGCAAGUAAUACUUCCCGAAAUUGCUCGCUGGAGCCAGCAUAAGUAUGCCAGCAAUGUCGUCGAGUCCUGUUUGGAACACGCAACGAAAGAGGAGAUCUGUCAAAUCGUCACUUUUAUUCUGCAGUGUGACGAAAGCGGCGCGUCUUGUGCGCUACUUCCAAUGAUGAAACACAUGUACGGCAAUUACGUGGUUCAAAAACUGUUGGAGCGUGUUGAUGACCACGACCGCCAUCGCAUUGUAUGUAUAAUUCGCCACAACGAGGAUUAUUUGAAGCGCUUUACGUUUGGAAAGCACGUAUUGAGUCGAUUGGAACGCGAGGAACAAGGCAACAAUUAUUAUUGA